AUGACCAACCGGAAUGUAGACUCUUCUCUGGGGGAAGGUGGUGGAAAUGUGCCGUCUCCACCUUCCGGGCAGCCAGGCCCUACCGUUCAUGGAGGCAAUAAGGUAUAUAAGAGCGGCCCUCUGUUUUUAUCAUCGAAAGGAAUCGGAUGGACAUCAUGGAAGAAAAGGUGGUUUAUAUUAACACGUACCUCGUUGGUCUUCUUUAGAAGUGAUCCAAGUGCUGUUCCGCAAAAGGGGAGCGAAGUAAAUUUAACCCUUGGUGGUAUUGAUCUCAACAGUUCUGGAAGUGUGGUAGUCAAAGAAGACAAGAAACUCUUGACCGUGCUCUUUCCUGAUGGUCGUGAUGGAAGAGCUUUCACACUCAAGGCAGAAACACUGGAGGAUUUACAAGAGUGGAAGGCUGCACUUGAGGAAGCCCUGUCAAAUGCACCUAGUGCUGCUCUUGUUAUGGGGCAAAAUGGUAUAUUCAGGAACGAUCAGUCCAAUGCAGCUGAUGCUUCUUUAGAACAGGUGAAAGAUAGACAACCAGUGAAAUCCUUGGUCAUUGGCCGACCAAUUUUACUUGCUUUGGAAGAUAUAGAUGGAACUCCAUCCUUUUUGGAGAAAGCUCUUAGGUUUGUUGAAGCCCAUGGUGUUAAAGUAGAGGGCAUUUUGCGGCAAGCUGCAGAUGUUGAUGAUGUUGAACAUCGAAUAAGAGAUUAUGAACAAGGGAAAAGUGAGUUUUCUCCUGAGGAGGAUCCACAUGUGAUAGCUGACUGUGUCAAGUAUGUUAUUCGGGAGUUACCAUCAUCACCAGUUCCCGCUUCUUGCUGCAAUGCCCUCCUUGAAGCAUGUCGAACCGAUCGUGGCAUGAGAGUUAAUGCUAUGCGUUCAGCCAUAUGUGAAACAUUUCCGGAGCCAAAUCGCCGCUUAUUACAGAGAAUUCUCAUGAUGAUGCAAACGAUAGCAUCUCACAAGGCUGAGAACCGAAUGAGCAUAUCAGCUGUGGCAGCUUGCAUGGCUCCUUUGCUUCUUCGGCCCCUUCUUGCUGGUGAUUGUGAGCUUGAAAAUGUUUUUGACAUGGGAGGUGAUGGAUCUGUUCAACUUUUGCAGGCAGCUGCAGCAGCUAACCAUGCUCAAGCCAUUUGUAUUACAUUACUUGAGGAGUAUGAUAAUAUAUUUGGGGAGGGCUCUGCAUCCCCUGAACCCUAUACUGAUUCUGAAGAAACUGGUAGUGAGAGCGAGGAAAUUACUGAUGAUGAUGAUGACGGCGAUGACAGUUUUGAAGAUGAUGAUGCAGUAGAUGGUUCUGAAGUGGACAUAGAUGAUAAAUCUGCACAUGCAUUGAGUGAAACUAGUAGUGCGACUGGUGAAAGUGAAGAUAAUACGAAGGUCUCUGGAGGUCAUGCGUCAGAUUCCAGGUCUCCUGAAGUGGAUGAUGCUCUCAUAGACAAUAUAAUAUUGCCAUCAAAUCCUAUUCAAAUUUACUUACCUCAACAUGAUAGCAUGGAAGGGAGUGACAAUGUUCCAAAUCAAAGUGACGAUGAUUCAAAGAUACAAGCAAAUGAUGAAUUAUUAGGAAUUGAUCCUGCUGAAACAUCCGUAUCUCUGAGGUCCAUCAAGUCAUCAAAUGGAUCCAUCCGGAAUGCUCUACGGCCCACUGUUUGGGGACGUACUCCCGUGUCAAGACUUCAGGAGCAGUUACAGAAGGAGAGGGAUUUGAGGGCAGCACUAGAAGCUGGACUUAGAAUAUCCCAAUUGCCCCUAUUUAUUCCAUCCACUAUUGACGAGAAGACGAAGGCAAAAUUGGAAGAAAUUGCUCGAGAGGAGACAGAUGUUUCUAAGUUAAAACAGAAGGCUGAUGAUCUUCAAGUGCAGAUAAAUCAACAGAAGGACCAGAAUUCCAGGUUUCAGCAUGAUACAGACAAUCAACUUCUACAAAGUCCAAACCUUAAGAAAAAGUCGAAGGAUAAACAUAUUGAUGUUGGGGACAUAUCCAUCUCAAGUACUCUUGAGAAGUCCGCACGAAGUAAGAAUGACACCUCUUCAGACAAGUCAAGCAGUGAAAAAGACGGGAUACUUGAUUCUCCAUCUUCAACAAAUAAACAUUUACCUCCGAACAAGCAAACUGAUAUUGCAAGAAAUUCAAAAAUCACUGGUGUUAUGACCACAUCCUCUGUGGAAAUGGGCAUAAGCAGGCCUGCUACAUCGAGUUCUAAAAAGUCAGGUACAAAGUCUGAGGCUGCUAAUUAUACAACCUCUGCACUGGCAAAGCUUACAAAUAGACUGAACUUCUUAAAGGAAAAACGUACGCAGAUUGCGAAUGAGCUCCAGAAUUUCGAUAAAAGCAGAAGUUCUGGUCACUCUAUCUGGAACUUUGAAGAAGGUGAAGGAUCAGAACCUCGUCAUUCAAUUCCAAUUGCAGACAAUACUCCAGGGUCUGAAGGUCAAUCAUCUGAAAGAUGUCGAGGAUCAGACAGCAGUCAUAAUGAAGACAGUCAAUUAGCCCAAAAUGCUAAUAGAGAAAAAAACACUGAAGGGAAUCCUAACCUGGACAGAGGAAAAUCAGAAAGCUUCCCAACACUGGACAAAGGGCGUUCUUCUAUGGUUCCUCCAAGAACGUACUCCAGAUGA